AUGUCUGCUUCCAUUGAACCCACACCCAACUCUGCGCUAGAGACUGAUGACUCAAAUAAUAUGUAUGGCCCUGUUCACUCGGUGGCCAUUCAUGGUCAGUCUGUCAGUCCAAAUAUCCUUGUAGCCCUUCUAAAUCGACCUCGCGAAAUGCAAGAUCUAGCCGUACGGAAUUCCUUCUUCUACGAAGCCAUCGAGAAUUACAUACGAGAUACCCAGGGAGAUUCUUCAUGGGAUUCUUUCCAGCACAUUGUUUAUGCCCCUCGAGAAGAAAUGUCGGACCGGGUCUGGAUGGCAAGUAUCACAGACUAUCUUGGUCACCAUCCUGCCUUUCUCGGAAAAUUCAAAGAAAGUGUAGGCUAUCAAUCAUCUUCUUCGGAAGAUGAAGACGAGGAAGAUGGUGAUGAUGAAACAGAAGACGACGAUGAAGAUGAUGAAGUAGUUGAGACACGUAAAAGAGCCCCAAAGCUUACCCUUCAACCUUAUCCCCGGCGCCACUCUCACAACCACGUGCACUACCACCCAAUGCAAAGUGAACCUCAUCCAAGCAUUACCUCGCCUACAUUACGUGAAGAAGAAGAAUCGCGUGGGUCAGAAGAAGGUGGUUUGGUGGCUGGACUGGUGGCUCUUAGAGCACAUCCUGACAUCCAAGUACAGCUUCCAGAACGCUAUCCAGCCUUUUUCCAAAGGGCCCGCAGGUGCAUGGGCUCAUGCAUCAUGUCAAUGGAUACUCCCAGAUUUCAAACUGCAGAUACAUCUGAAGACUCAUUCGAGCCCUUUAUCACCCUGAUUUCUACCACUCGCCGCCAGCAGCCAGAUGAUGGCGCUUGGAUGGAGUCUAUUUUGGAGAUUCUCAAAUGUUGGCCAGAAUUGAUUGACGAGUUAUCAGAUAUCAUUGAUGACUCUCUACCCCGUCGUCGCCACUAG